AUGGAUCACGCGCAUGAGCGAAUUGAGGAAGAUCACCCUGAUAAUGAGGGUGAUUUAGAAAUAACUGGAUCAAAUCAAGUUGAACCAACUAGAACUGAAGAGGAAAUGGACUCCGAAAACCAUCCUCAGAGACCAACGACCAUCGAGGAGAAAAAUACAAACGCUGAUGAAGACAUCAACGAACAGCCAGAAGAAGAUCAAGAACACAGCAAAAGUGAAGAGCUACCAGAAAAUGACGUCGAACCAGAAGAAAAAGAUGUAGAGAAUAACGGGAGUCUCGACACCACGGAUGGCGUCGAUAACGACGGUGACAAUAGUGAAGACAACACAGACGACGCCGACAUUCAAAGCGAUAGCCAUGAUGAUCCGUCCAAAAGGAAUUCUAUUCCUGUUCCACAGACGCCUUCUCGUAGUAAUAAGAGAGAAAACGACAACAGCCCCUUAUCUAAUGUAGAAAAUAUCGAUACAGCACCGUCAACUCCAAACUCACGCCAGGAUUUUCAAACUCCACCCUCUGGAGACGAUGGAAGUCCUCCAGACGUCAUCCCAGGUGGAUUUCCUUUGCCUAAAGAUGAAGAAGAAUCACACACUGCGACCAGCCAGUCAGAAGAGCAGGACUCAACUCUGAUUAUUGAAGAAGCAGGAAGCGAGGACCAUAGUACCUUUACAGAUGACCACGAAACGAUAGAUCUCACAGGUAGUCCUCUGAGUGAAAAAGACCGAAAGGAUGUCAAUGCUGCUGAUGAGAGCAAUAGUAAUGCAACGUAUGAGCCAGAAGAAGAAAACAACAGGCAUAACGAGACGAAUGGCAAGAUUGAUGGCCACGAAGAUGUUCAGGACACCAACGGCAACGUCCAGGAUAAUGGUAACGAAAUGACCGUUGAAAAUGGGGAAGAAAAUGGGGAAGAAAAUGGAGAUGAAAAUGGAGAUGAAGAUGACGACGGUUAUGAUGAUGACGAAGAGGAAGCAGAGAUUAUAGAAGUGAGUUCGACUCAGAUUUCUGAUCCAUACAAAGAUCGACGCGAGCUUAAGGCUGAUAAACAAGAUGGUAAUGUCUUACAAUCGCCAGAGAGGACAUCUCCACAGCGGUCAAUUGCAUCAGAGUCGUCAUUCAGCUUUUCCGAAGAAAACUCAACUCCUGGUAAAAAAGCCGCUGGAACAAUAGAUUAUGGCUCCUAUUCCAAGGGACCCCAAGAUAGACUCGUUUCAAGACUGGUGAGUAAUUUCGAGAGCCAAAUGGAUUCUGCUACUGAAACACCAAAAGUAGAAAGGCGGACUUUUAGCAAGGCCAAGCUAAAGACCAUUGUUUCUCCCAUAUCGGGCUCGUUUCCAGCAGAUGUAAAAGAGGAGUCGAGGAGUAUCCUAAGUGGAGCAACUGCUCUUGGACCAUCUGCAUUGGCUGCCAAUUCAUCUCCUCCAUCAGCUGAGCCUUCUGAUCAGUCGGCCACGAAAGAAUCUGAAACUAUUUCACAAUCGGCUAGUGUGAACAAUGAUAAGCCAACCCAAGUGGAAUUGGAGCAUGAUGAGCCUGUUGGUCCUCCAGUACCUAAUUUACAACCCAUUCCUAAGCCGAAGAGGAUCACCUCAUUCCAGCUCAAACCUAUAGAGGCAGUAAAGGAAGAGUCGUCGUCAGAAGAAAACUUGAUCUUUGGAGUAUGUGUUGUCGGUUUCCAUCACGCCAGAGGGCCCGAGGUCGAAUACUGGGUUGGGCCCGAUGGUGACAAGUCAUCAGUUUGGCCAUACCUUGCGUUCCAGAGUUUGCCUGACGGAAGUCAUGUGCGUGAUGAAAACUUUUGUUACUUCACUCUGCUAUAUGAUGACGAGAAGAAAAUCGCUGUCAAUACUACUCCUAAACGUGACAAAGACGGUCAUAUUAUCGAACAGUCCGAUUUCAAGAAUGUCACUACACUCUUUGGUAUAUCUUGUAAUCGACAGAUUAAAACGGAAGAACUCAAGCACGUCACUGAUGAUAUAACACGUUCUACAGUGCAAAAAUCUGUUGUCGUGGUCGCACGGAAACCUAUCUUCGGUCCUAUCAAGGAGAAAUUGGCAGUGGUCACGCGAGCAUACUUCAUCCAGGGUGAUUUUGAAGAUCGCCAAUUAAUUGAUAAUUUGUAUGAAAAUCUCACCCAGAUAUUCACCUACAAAUUAGAUGAUGCAUCCAUGAACAUUGGGAUGCCUCUUAGAGAACUCAUCUACCGACUUGGUCCUAAAGUGCUGGUUAUUCUCAAAGCUCUUAUGCUUGAGAAGCGAGUGCUUUUUUUUGCUUCCAAUACAGAGUUACUAUGUGCUUCACAAUUUUCGAUUGUUUCGUUGGUUCCGAAUCUUAUCAACAAUCUAGAAGACUGCGGAUCUCCCUUAUUAAGCAGUUAUGAAACUAAUUUAAAGAAGCCAACAAGUCUUAGAACCAGCGAUAGAAGCUCCCUAUUGGCAUUCAUGGGUCUACCUCUUCAACUGUUUGCAGGAGGAGGAAUUUUCAGUCCUUAUGUGCCUUUGCAACAACUUUCUGAGCUUCAUGCUGAUGAGACAAAGUAUUUCUUGGUCGGCAGCACCAACUCACUUGUUCUCUCGCAACAGAACACCAUUGCUGAUAUUAUUGUCAACGUAAGUAUCAUGCGGAGCGCUCUGAGGAUGGUCAGUAAAUGA